ACCGACCUAGAAUUGCAGUUAAAGCAAAACUCCAGUCUCCUCUAUAAAAGUGAGGAGCGGCCGGGCUACAUCACACAAUUGUACUUUUAGUUAGAAGAAACGAAUCCGACAUGUCUGAGUAUUUGCCACAAGAAUUGGUGAUUGAAAUCUUGCUAAGACUACCUAUCAGUUCCAUCCUUGGAUGCACAUGUGUAUGUAAGUCAUGGUACUCUCUUAUUAAUAGCCCUAGUUUUAUCUCCACACAUCUCAACCGAAACCAAGAUGAUCACAUCUUAGUACGACAUUGCUUUGGAAACCCCAACAAAGAAGUAUAUGGUUUAUUCUUUGACAAUGAAAAUUUUGAUCAGCAUAGCCAGUUUGAUGUGCCAUUCGAAUGCCAUAACGAUCACUUUAAUGUUGAGGGUAGUUGUAAUGGGCUUUUGUGUCUUUCCGGUGACCUUUUCUAUCUUUGGAACCCCUUCAUCAGGAAAUCGCUAGAGCUCCCUGAACCAAUAUUUAUUUUUCAGGCAUAUGGUCCCUUUGAGCGUACCGACUUAAUGGGUGACUUUUAUCAUACCUUGGGGUUUGGAUUCGAUUCUGUUACUAAUGACUACAAGGUGGUAAGAAUAGUGCACACUCCUUUUGUAAGAACAGUGCACGGUCCUUUUGUGUCACCUAAUGUUGAGCUUUAUAAGCUAAGCACUGGUGCUUGGCAAGAUGUUACCCCCGUUGCCCCAUUUUAUGAAUUCUUUCCCUGGAUACCAGGGGUCUAUGUUAAUGGGGCUUGCCAUUGGAUUGCCUCUAAACAGAAACCAGGACAAUUCCAAACUGCAAGAGACAAUAAUAGGAUUGUUCUCUUUGAUAUGCAUGUCGAGACCUUUCGGGAGAUGGUGUUACCCUCUAGUUUAGUUCACAAGGUUCGGUACUAUGGUUAUGAGAUUGUCCUUUUUGCGUCAGAGGGGUCACUUUGUUUGGCAGAUAGUUUGUUUGGUGAUGACAGAACAAGAAUUGAUAUUUGGAACAUGAAAAGGUAUGGUGAUCCAGGAUCAUGGGUGAAACAGUUCAGCAUCCAUCGAAAAAUUACAUGUAGCGCUGGUGAUGGUGAUAUUUUUUCAAUGCUUCAUGAUGAGUUUUUCCCACAUGAGCCUUACAAUGCUAGUUAUUUGAUGAAGCCAAUGGCUGUAAGGAAAAAUGGUGAAAUUUUGUUUAACGCGAACGGCCACAUCUUGGUUUCAUAUGAUCCUGCAACUAAAAAUACCAAGUAUCUUGGCAUUUGUAACACUCCCUAUGAACCAUUUGGCAAUGCACUUUAUGUCCAUACUUGCAAAGUGAGUCUUAUUUUACUUGAUAAACGAGCAAAUUACUGUGCUGGAGGACCUUGUGAAGAGUCAUCCAAUUUACCCACGAGGGAGCCUAAAGAGUUCAUAAAGGCAAAAUGCAAAAGAAGAUUGCUUCUAGGAUUGAUGGACAAAUCAAAAAUGAAAGCAAAGAGGCUGCACAUGAUAAAAUGGAAGGGUGGCUGGAGAAAGAAGUUCAUAAAGGCAAAAUGCAAAAGAAGAUUGCUUGUAGGAUUGAUGGACAAGUCAAAAAUGAAAGCAAAGAGGCUACACAUGAUAAAACGGAAGAACACUCAGGUUUCAGGCUGACAUUAUGAUGGAAUACGAGGUGGCCAUCAUGAAAGCGGAGGUUUCUUGGCAGCCCUAGUAUAAAUAGCUUAUAUUGUCUUCAUUUUUAGGUUAUAUCAUUCUGGAUAUUGAGUGAUGAUAGUUCUUGUGCGUAGUUUGGGAUAUGUCCGUCUCUGCUCUUGGACCUCUCUUUAAUUACUACAAGUGUAGUAGUUCUUGUUUGAGUUC